AUGUCGGUAUUGAAUUUGAGUGGUGACGAUGCUGUCGAGUGUCCAUUGUGUAUGGAGCCACUGGAAGUCGACGACUUGAAUUUCUUUCCAUGCACGUGUGGAUAUCAGAUUUGCCGGUUCUGUUGGCAUAGGAUUCGGACUGAUGAAAACGGGCUGUGUCCGGCUUGCAGGAAGGCCUAUUCGGAAAACCCCGCUGACUUUAAGCCCUUAACAAAAGAAGAAAUUUCGAGGUUGAAGGCUGAGAAGCGUUUAAAAGAUCAACAACGAAAACAACGAGUUACGGAAAAUCGCAAACAUCUAGCGAAUGUCCGAGUAGUCCAAAAAAAUCUGGUAUUUGUCGUAGGUUUACCGAUGCGACUGGCAGAAGCGGAUGUAUUAAAAAGGCACGAAUACUUUGGGAAAUUUGGGAAGAUUCAUAAAGUCGUUAUAAAUCAAAGUACUUCGUAUGCGGGCUCUCAAGGACCUAGUGCAUCUGCUUACGUCACUUAUCAGCGUCAAGAGGACGCGUUACGUGCCAUCGAAGCCGUCAAUAAUAUCGUCGUGGACGGUCGAACAAUCAAGACAUCGCUGGGUACGACUAAGUAUUGUUCGCAUUUUAUGCGUAAUCAAGCCUGUCCCAAGUCUGACUGUAUGUAUUUACACGAUUUGGGUGAUCAGGAAGCGUCAUUUACCAAGGAAGAAAUGCAUCAGGGUAAACAUCAAGACUAUGAAAGAAAAUUAGUCCAAGCGCUUCAUGCUCAGACAACAACGCCAUUAAAUCGGAAACCUACAAUUUCACCACCAGUUGGCAAUUCAAUUCGUGAAAAUGGUAGUACGUCUGUUAUUCCAACUCAAAUAAAAGAAGCAUGGCCAUCGUUACAACCUGGUCAACCACAGCAGAGUGUAACUCUGACAAAAGAUACGUCAGCGCAAGUCUUGGAUCAACAACAGCAGCAGCAGCAGCAGCAGUCGCAACAUCAGCAACAGUCGCAAUCAAAUGACAUGAGUAUUAACAAAAAUAGUAAAUCCGUACCGUCAAAUAGCAAUGGUACGUCGCAACAAAAUAAUAACAAUAAAGGUGAAUCGGGUAUUAUUACGACGGAAAAAGGUUCUAAUUCACGACGUGGUAAGAGUAAUAGUGAAAGUAAGGCGCAAGCUGCUAGAAAUAAACAUAAAAAUAAUCAGAAUAAAGAAAAACAUGGUGCUGGAAAUGUCACGCGUACAACAUCACGGUCUGAGUCUAGUAAUUCGUCGAAUAGUAAUUCAAAUGGCGCUAACACAACACAAUCACAUACGAUCGAACAUUCGCAGCAGAUAAACGGACAAAAAUUUUUGAAAAAUUACAACAGUGAUAUGAUUAAUGGUCAGCAACAGCAAACAUCUAGGUGUAAAAAGAACAACGGAGAGCAGCAAAUUAAUUACAAAGACAAAGAUAUUGACAAUGACAAUGACAAUGACAAUGAAUCAGAAAAUGAUCAACGAGAGAUCAACAACGUCAGUGAAACAACGAAGGAAUUGGAACAGUCAAUGUGUGAAAUAAAACUUAAUGGUAUUGAAAAUGGUAUUGGUGGUAAUAGUUGUGGAAAUUCAGAGAGUGAGAGUGAAUUACUUCGUGAAGGUAGUACACCAGCGAGUACUGCUUCAAGUAGCAGUACUUCUGAUGACUUGGGAUUAUUAAAUACCAGCACUGAUAGACUUAUUGUUGAUGCUAAUGUCUCUGAUGAUAAUGAUGAGUCUGAUUUAAUACGUGAUCCAUCGCCAAUUAACGGUACGAAUUUAAAUUUAAGCACCUCUACCAGUCAAGUUGUACCACCUGGUUUCUAUAAUAGUAAUAACCAUAUUAAUAGUAAUAUUAAUGUUAAUAAUCAUAAUAAUAAUAAUAAUAAUAAUAAUAAUAAUAAUAGUAAUACUGUUAGUAAUAAUAUUAUUAACAGCAGUAGUAACACGACAAUUAAUGGUACACAAGCACAAGUCAAUCAUAGAUCAAUUUUCCAGACAGACAACAAUAGUUUCUUCAGUUCAAAUACAUUUCAAAAAUUACCACCUAGUGUCAUGUCACUGACAUCUAAUUCACAAACAACACCUUCAAAUACCAUUGAUUGGACAACGACAUCAACAACGUCUAAUUGUUUGGCAACUAUUCCUGACUCAUUGCCGUCUGUUCACUCUAGCGAAGACUGGCAAGCGGCCUUUGGUUUUACUGUCGAUAAAAGUCGAACCAAUAAUUUAAAUCACCACCAACAUAAUAACCACCAGCAUCAACGUCAUCGUACACUGAGUCCUACAUCGUCUUCAUCGUCACCGAGUGUCGCACCGUUUAAUACCGAUAGCUUGUUGGAUGAAGACGAUUUUCUUGAAACACAGUACUCUAAGACACAGACUUUGUCGAAAUUACAUAAUAAUUAUAUCAGAGAUCACAGUAGUGCACUUAUUAAUACGACACCGGCAUCGAAAUUCAUGGCUGAUUUUCAGCAGAACUCGUGUCAGCAAAGACUGUUGAUGCAGGCCCAACAGAAUCAAGAAAAUUGCCAGUAUAUCAAGCAGAAUGGUCACGCUAUGGAUAGUACAAUUUUGAUUAAGAAGGAUCCAAUAGAUAUUAAGUCUGAUGAUGAUUUGGGAUUCGAUCCCUUCCAUGAGACUCAGAAGGCGCUUGCUGAGCUUAUGGAGAACGAAAUUCAGGUGCAGCAGCAAAGACAGUUUCAGCAGCAGCAGCAGCAGCAGCAGCAACAGCAGCACCAGCAACAACAACAACAACACCAACACCAGCAUUUACAACAAAGAAGAGAUGAGCAUUCUAGGAACUUGCAUCAAAGCUAUCCUACGCAAAGCUUAGCUCCUUCACAUUUCUCCCAGGUAGCACAUUUAGCACAUCUUCAACAGCAAGCACAUCAUCUACAAAAUCUUCAAGUACUACAACAAUCGCACACAUUAUUAUCACGUCUUCCACAGACUAUGCUGCAACAACAGCCGACAAAUAGUGUUCAAACAACAGCACAGCCAACGAUGUCUGUUGGAGGUGGUAACAGCAAUUUAGGUGGUCAGCGUAGUCGUUUACCACCACCAGGAUUUCCUAGCUCAACGCCUAAUCAUAUGAAUUCAUUUGGUCUUGGAAUACCACGAGUUGCGCCUACAAGCAAUUCACUCGGUACCCAACCACCACAACAGACAUCUUAUCUUCCUAAUGGUGUAAAUAAAUGUGUAAACGAUGCAGUAUAUGGUCUAAAAGAUUGGUGUGACAUAAAUCAACAGCAAUCAGCACAUACACAAACACAUCAACCGUUUCAUCAUCAUCAUCAACAACAACAACAACAACAACAGCUUCAUCAAAAAAGUAGCUGGAAUAAUUUAGGACCAAUUACAGACUGGAAUACUAUUGAUCCUGCUAUUGUAAGCUCGCGCCCUUUACAAUUUCAAGCGACAAGCACGUGGCAAUUUCCUAGAUUUCAUCCAAUUCACAAUGGACCACACAAUGCGCAACAGGAGACAGAUGCACCCGUUCAACAUUGGGCAAUGCAACCACCGCCAGGAUUCGGUGGUCCAGCAUCAGGUGCACAGUUAAACGGGCCGCCACAAUCAAGCACAGCUGCACAACCGCACAGUAAACUAAUUUCUGCAGGGUCAGAAAUAGAAAAUUGCUAA